UAGAACGUGCAAAUGAGGGCGCCCUUUAAGAUUCGUCAUUUUGCCAAAUUGCAUGUGGUGCUAGUCCUUUGGCGCCUGAACUUCACUCACGAUCUAUAAAAAUUACACAUUUUUCUGUUGGUUUAAAGAAAUGCAAAGCUGAGACUUACUGCCAUGAGAAGGACAUACACGGGAACAAAAUCAUACGCACUGGAUAGGCUGGACAUUAUUGUUCAAAUUCCAUGAAUGUAUAAUCCAACUCGAAAAUGACAUAAAACAACCAGCUAACUUUGUCGCUCAGUGUUGGUCACAUGACAAAUGUUCAAUUGAGCUGUGCAUCCACUUUCAAGUACGAACGUAAAUAGUGUGACUCUGGCAUGUAGUGUGCUACAAACACAGCAACCAAUCACGGACUUAGCUGACUAUGGCUGACAAGGACAGCGGCAAGGAGAAGGAGGGACCAGCCGAGUCCCCGGCCCCCUCCCCAAUCCCAAUCAUCACCGAAGAAGAGAAAGAAAUGGCGUCUGCCGCUAGCACUGACUUCGAGGCCGGACAGUAUAGCUCGUGCUUAGAAAAGCUCCACGCUUUGUCCAAACUGAGAGGCAACGAUGUCAAAGUCAGCCACAAUCUAACAGUGGCUAAGUUCUACCAGUCGGGUUGCACCCGGAACGACGACAUGCGUAAGGCUGUGGGUCAGGUCUGUACCCAGGCACAAGUUAGUCUGAGCGGAGUGGAUUCCUUGGAGGACACCGAUCACGCUAUACUCUUCUUCAACCAUGCUAUUAUCUUGUACCACAUGAGACAGCAUCACGAAGCCAUCCGAAUACUGGAGAAACUCUUCCAAAUCAUUGAGCCCCUCGAAGAAAACCUGGCUCACAAGACCCUCUUGUUACUCAUUGAGACCUACCUGUGUACCUAUCAACCAGAGAAAGCCUUGGCUAUGUUAGCCUACUUGGAGAAACUUCUCUUCUCCCCCGAAACUAGCGGCAACAAAGGAGGAUCAGAAUCAAGCAAUAAAGACAACAAGGAUUCCAACACGGAAGAAUCAAGCGUCGACCCUGAAAAAUACAGGCCAAUUCUUCACCUGUUGAAAACGAGGUGUUAUCUUCAGAUGAAGCACGUGAAAGUCUGCAAACGUGAGAUCAAGACAGUCAUGAAUUCAGCUGGACCAUGCCCGGCCUCAUUGUUCCUCAAAAGCAAUUUUGAGUACAUCCGACAGAACUACCGCAAGGCCAUCAAGUUACUGAACAGCGUCCAGCCCAUGGGAGAUCCCCUCAAGACUGGUCAGGUCAUUCCAGUCAUGUACUUCAAUAACUUGGCCAUCAUUCACUUCUACAUGGGCAAGUAUCAUCUGGCGGCUUACUACGGACGGCGUGCCUUGCAGGAGAACGCUAACGCCAUGGCUGAGCUUCCAAAGAGAAAAGGCCAGUCUCUGAAUAACCGCCACAUCAAGACGCUCGGUAUGAACCGUCGUUACGAGCUGCUGUACAACACUGGCAUACAGCUGCUGCAUGCAGGGCGCCCUCUAGCGGCCUUCGAGUGCCUCACCGAAGCCAUCCAGGUCUAUCCCACCAACCCACGGCUGUGGCUGAGACUAGCUGAGUGUUGCAUAGCGGCCAACGUAUCGCCUCAGAACUCAGAGGCAGAAGGGAAGGGUCUAGGGGACUCUACUAAACGAGGCAUUGUACGCAACGUGAUUGGUUCUGGUCCGCAUCGUAAAGUCAUCUUGUCUCCCGGCUCCUCGGAGUAUAAAUACAGUGGUGACGGCCAAUCAGCUGCCUUUCCAGCAGCGACGUUAGAAUUUGCCUCACUGUGUCUCUCCAACGCUCUGUCUCUGCUCCCUGACGAGACGGCACUCUCGGCGACCAGUCGAAUCACUUCUCGAGGCAGCGUCAGUAGCGAUUCGUCAGAAGUCGCAGAUACGAGUGGUGGCAAGCAGACCGGCCCCAGUAACCUCACUGCUCCACCAGGCCAGGCCAUCAAACCUUCGGAUAUCUCCUGCCUACGUUGCUCCAUCUUAGCUUGUAGUAGCUACGUCUCGAUAUCGUUGGGUGAUAACGUCAAUGCCUUGGAGUACGCCAAGUUGCUGCUGGAGCAAAACAGACUGCCUGGCUCCCUCAGGUUCCUGGGCCACCUGUAUGCUGCUGAAGCUUUAAUCAACAUGGACCAGAUAGUUGAAGCAAUCCAACAUCUGGCCCCGGAAUCUGUGUGUGAUGUGUCCGUAGUGCUUCCAGUUCUUCCUGAACAAGGUGAGAAACAAGUGGAGAAAUCUGAAGCUGUACCGGGCGACAACCAGGACAACAUGGAGGGUCACGUCGCAGUGUCCAAGUACUACCCAGCGUCUGUGCAGGUGGCUAGGGCAACCAUGCUGCUCAACUUGGCCUGUGCGCAUUCAUUGCGGAGUGAAUGGGAUAAAGCUAAGAAAUGCCUCAAACAGAUGUGCACCAUGUUGCCUCCUAACGAGAUACCGGAACAAGCUCUAUUCCUAGGCAUAUACAUUGAGUUACAGACAGGGAAUCACCAGAUGGCACUGCAGAUGGUCAAGAAACAGCAACUGAUUCCGUACCUCAAGCCGCCUCAGUCCCGCCCACUUCCCAUCGGUACCAUGGCAACCUUCAACAGUGUCUCCCAAUCACCGCAGGGGGUCUUCAGUCCCGGGACCCCCAGCAAAGCUGCGCGGAGUAAGGAUCCAUGGCAGAAGUAGACCGAGACGGUAAUGUAUUUAACAUGUUUGAUGUUUUAGAAAACAAAACAUUGCCUCAAUGCAGAAUGUCACAGGACAGACGUAACUUUGUGAUCCUAAAAAAAUUAGAAUCCUAAAUGUCACGCACUGAGCCCACAUGCCAAAUUAAUUUAAGAACCACGCUAACGUGGUCAGGCACAUGAAGCCUGCUUUGUGCAUUACAUUUAUGAGUUUUAAGGUAGAAAAUGUCUCAAGUAUUUCAAGCAUUAACAAAAAUUCUAAACUUGACCCACAGUUUUCCCAAGAAAGUUUUUUGCUGUGGUAUCUUAACAUAGCGUUUUCUUUUUCUUGAUUCUUGAAUUUUUUUUUGUUCAUGCAUUCCUCACGAAAUAAAAUUACCUCAGAAAUUGUUUAUGUAAUUUCAUCUUAAUUUACCACCGAUACAAAUGGCUGUAUACAGCCAAGGUCAUCUAAUGGACUUCAUCAUCUAUGAUUGCAUAUUUCUGGGAGGAAUAAUUAACAGAGAAUUUGUAUAGAAUGUAGGAUAAAAAGAAGCAAAUAGUCUGCAAUUGCAAAUGUGUAUAUUACCUUCCUUGUAUAAAUACCAUCGUUGUAAUUAUUCUAGGAGCAAGGAUGGAAAGUUAACUUAAGGGACAGACAAAGUUUUCUAUCUUUGAAUAAGCCAUUUGCAAAUUAAACUCAAGUAACAUCUUGUUCCCCGACUUGCUCGAAUGCUUGGCACAUUUUAACUUC